UUCUGGUCUGGGGAAACAAGUUCCUGUUCAAAGUUCACCCUUCAUGUGUUAUUUUACUGUCUGCUGACUUUUAACCACAUUUAUGUAAAGGUUCGUUUUGGAUUUUCGAUGCAAAUGUUUAAAAAAAAAAAAAUCAACAACAACAUUAUUUCUAUGUAUAGUAUACUUUAAAUAAUGUCAAUAAUGAGAUAAUGCUAGUGAUAUUAGAGAGGUAGCUUUUACAGGAGCAGUCAGUCUUGUGUUUUUGGAGAUUGUGGACCAUAUAUCUUAGUUAUAAUCAUGAACAAUUCAUUUGAGUCUGCAGUGAAUUUGUUGGAGUCCUACAGAGGAAGAGAUAAAGUGAUAAGGACAAUUUGCUAUGCAUCGCAGCUGGUGGGUGGCAUCAUAUCAAGAAAAAAAACAACCAACUACUCACAGCUCGGCAAGAGUUUCCUGCUCUUCUCAGCUCAGCUCAGUCACUGCCGGACUGUACUGCGCCUGUUUGAUGACCUUUCCAUGGCUGCUUACUCACUGAGCUAUGGUCUAGGAUCCACGGAGGAAGACAAAGUGCUUCGGUGCAUGUCGGUGCUGAUUAAUGUCGCAGAUCAGCUGUAUUAUCCGUGUGAACAUGUAGCCUGGGCAGCGGAUGCAGAGCUCAUUAAAGUCAAGUCUGACAAAUGGUGGACACUGAGCACAGUGCUGUGGGGUGUAUCUUUACUUCUGGGCAUUCUCAGAUCACUUAAAGUAAUCCAGAAAUUAAGGAAGAAGGCACAGAAACGCAGAGAAGCAGGACACGGGGACAGCAGGGAGAAUGCUGCUAGCACCACUGCAGAGAUUCAGAAGCAGAUUUGGGGAGAGUUUCUUAAUAUUCUUAGCAGCCUAGCAGAUGUAAGCAACGCUAUUCAUUGGAUGCCACCUGGAUUUCUUUGGGCUGGUUGCUUCCCUGAUUGGCUGGUGGGACUGUUAGGAACAGCCUCCUCCCUGCUUGGCAUGCUGCACAUGAGUACCAGUGAUUAAAGUACAAGCAUCUGACAUGGUGUACUGUGGGGACCUGACUGAAUGUCUUCUGUUUGUUUUUUCUUUCUUUUACAUUCGAAUUCUUAUUAGGGUUUACAUGGUAAUGCAAGAUUCACAAUGUUUUCACAUAAUACACUGUAACAUUAACAUGUAAAUUAGCUGCCUGAUGUAUGUAAAAGAUGUACGCUGAAGAAGAAUGAUCAAGUACAAUAAAAUCAAA